AUGGUGAUAGAGGAUCAAGGGGUUAUUGGGAAGUAUCGAUCCGAAUAUCCUAGUUUCGAACCGGAUUUCUGUACUGCCGAGCUGCUGGGAAUGGUCUUUCACGUUCCAUGCAAACCGGAACUCAUUUUGGAGGCAGAUUACGGAACGGAAUGGCGGAAGGACGUAUCAUCAGUUGGCUAUUAUCCGACCCUCUCCAAGAAUGUCAAACCAAACGGGUCUUUUAAUGCAUCGGAAAAGGCUAACGUCAUGCAGUAUUAC